GGCGCGAAGAAUGCGCGUCGCGCAUUCCUGCCCAGUCGCGCCCGGUCGCCAAAUGCGGGUUCGCUCGCGGAGUGGAGUCCUGGCCCGCUCUGACCUCGGCGAUUCUCUAAAGGAAACAGCUGCAUUGGAUGAGCUAAUUGAUCAGCUGCUCAGCACGAAGUCGCAACAACAGAUGGCCCAGCUGGUGGCUGAGAACAUCCUGGCGGUGGACACCAAGUUCUGGAUGCGCCUGGCCACACGCAGCGACACGGCGGGCACGCGGGAGGACAAGGAGAGGCUGCAGGCGGUUGCCAGCAGUGUGAUGGCGCUGGUGGAUGCGGUGCGGCGCCGCACGGAGCAGCAGCUGGAGGACAGCGGCAGGGUGCUGCAGGACAUCCUGGUAGCGGCUGCGGACGAGAAGGGCGAGUGGUACCUGCCGCUCAGCGACGAACAGCUCCAGCGCAUGCGGCAGGCACUAGAGCGGCACUCCGCCCGGCUGGACGAGGCGCUGCUGUCCAACGCAUUCGCGUGGAUCAAGAAGAGCUCGGAGGACGGCUUCAACGACAUGGUCCAGCUGCUGCAGGCGGUGCUGCAGCUCUACGCGGCGCGGCAGCUGCGCAGCGGGGAGACGAGCGGGGUGGAGGGGGCGCUGAACCAGGUGUUGUCAGCCCCCGAGCGGCAGUGGGUGCCGCUGCUGCGCUCGCUGGCGGGCGAGGGGGCCAUCAGCGAGGCGGGCUUCUCGGAGGCGCUGCAGCGGCGCAUGGAGGGGGUGGUGCUGGGGCUGCAGAGCGGCUCGUACGCGCAGAGGGUGCAGGCCGAGUACCUGAAGGAGCUGGAGGGCCGGGCGAGGGGCGUGUUUGCGGAGCUGUCCGCGGGGGGCGGGGAGGCGCAGCAGUAGCAGCACGCCAGCAGCAGGGCGAGAGGGAGAGGGCAAUCGCAGUACGUUCCGCCUCGCGGCCAGUUAUCUACACACAUAUGACAGCGGAAUCAGCGGAACCGCAAGACCAAGACGGAAAAGGCAGUACCGGCUGGAAACACGGGCGGGCGGGGGCCGCGCCUGGUGUGCCAAGAGCCGCCGGCACAUGUCAUCGUAGAGGCCUCUCGGGGCGGCGGUGAAGGGGGCGUGGGCGUGCAGGGCGAGGCGGUGGGACAGGGGGGUGCUAUGCGGGACGGCACACGGUGCAUGCGAGGGAGGGAGGGUAUGCAGAAGAGGAGAAGAGACAGCAAGACGAGCGGAGAGAGUACGACGGAAGGGGACCGACCCUCCGUACCCAGGGACAUGUACUGCGCUUACUUGCUUGCCCCAGGCGGUCCCAGCUGACCAGCGGGCUGGUCACGACUGUCCUGAGCUUGUGAGGUUGUUGCUGUUGGGGGAGCGAGGGGGGCACAUGGAGGUCACGGAUUGUGAGGGGAAGAGAGAGAGUGAGAACCAGAGCAGGCCUUGUUGUUGCCGUAGAACGCUGGCGAGAGUGUUGUCCGUGAGGUUUGCUGUCCUGGACCCCCCCUCCACGUCCGUGUUACCGGCAACGCGCAACACCUAUGUAAGCCCCC